AUGUCUUUGAUCUCUAGGCUUUACUUGAUCAAUCUAGACAAAAAUGACAAUUUUGCCAAAAAGAGGAGGGAAAUGAUUUUAAGAUUCAUAGCAUCACUAGGAAAAACUGAAGUCAAGGAGACUGCGGAGAGCCUACAGGAAAUGGAUCCUCAAACCUCCAAGGAAGUGCAAGUUAGUACUAAACAGAAAGACCUGGGAAACAAUCUAGUUGAAAGACUGAAGACUAUUGAAAUAAAAGAAGUUGUAAAUAAAGAGCAAAUAAUAGAAAAGGAUGGUCAGCUCAGAUCAAUGUUAAAAAUAGUAAGGCCUGUGCAAUGCCGGGAAGCCGAGGAGUUUGUGGAGUCAUUAAUUGAUAAUCUGGAAUACCUGCAUUAUAAUCUAGCACCGUUGCUUAUAAUAUUGAUUUACAAGGAGCUCUCGCCUGAUCUACUCCGGCGCUUUCUAGAAUGUCUAAACACAAAACUAAAAGAGAAUACAGAAUACUUCCUAGGACAAGAAUCAAUUGUGUGCAUAUUUGCAAUAUUGUGCGCCGUUUACAAGUAUUCAUAUUUUGAAGAUCACAAAAUACAAUCCGAUAAAGACCUGUACAUCGCUGUGCUUUGUAUAAAUAUCAUAGACAGUAAUCAAAACAUUAGUAAAAUCAAAACUGAUGCGUUUGAUGCUCUUAUGGAGUCAGACGAAUCGACGUUUAAGAUUGUUAAAGGAAUUUUUCAUAUGUCAGAUAACGAGAACAGCUACGUUACAGAGUUUAACAGAAUUCUAUCAAUCCUAAAUGGCGAAGACACUCCUAGUAGGAAACUUCAAUAUAGAAUGGCAAACCAAUAA